UAUUUAAUUUUUUUUUUUUCAUACUACUGCGAUCCGAUAGUACAAUGGUUCGACCAGUGGGUGGUACCCUCAUUUUGUAUUUUUCAGUGCGCUAUGAAAAGUUAAAAAGUUUUUCCGUUGUGGCCAAUUAAUUCGAUUUUUUUUAUGAUAAUUGUAACCUUUCAACACAAAGAUCACAUGAACCAAUAAUAAUACUUAACCUAAAAUAAACUACAGGACCUUUAAAUUAUUAACUUAUAUAUUAUAAUGAUAUUAUGGCCUUAAGAGCUAAGGGAUACAAAAUAAUACUUUCUCUGGUGUUUGAGUUCUGAAUGAUGUUAUGGACGAUCUGAUUCCUUCAAGAGUCAUAUGAGCUGUAUACUGGCUGGGAACUGUUAUUAUUGUGCUAUUAGAUAACGGUGACAAUACGCAACAUUAUUCUACACUUGGCGUCGUUUUUGUUAAUGUAUAGUGUCUACUGAUUGUUUUUAUAACUAAAUGGAAAAAAUAAUUUUAAAUUCUGUCGUCAUUGAAAAUAAUGAAUUUUCCGAAGAAUUUUUACACGAAUCAGCUCUACUAGAUGUACUAGGAGAGUUAAAAGGUGAUUGCUUCUUCAAUAUAUUUAUCGCUCUCUCUUAUCUUAAUUGAAUAUGGAGAUGGUAAUUUACUCUGUAUCUAUUAUUAUGUUAUCAAUUUGGUUUCAUUGGCGAUGGAAAAACAAACGCUUUUGUAACUUGGCUUCUAAAUUGCCAGGACCUAUAUCCUAUCCUUUCAUUGGCACAGCUUCAAUGUAUACCCCUACAUACGAAGGGACGGUACAAAAAAUUGAACAAAACGCAGUCAAUUAUGAUUAUGAACCAGUUGGUACAUGGAUUGGUCCAUUUUUUUACGUGAGCGUAGUUAAACCCGAGGACAUUCAAAUAGUAUUGAAUAAUUCCAAAGCAUUAGAGAAAGGAUUUUUAUACUCACUCUUGAAAAGUUUAUUAGGCGAAGGCCUUUUAACAGCUCCAGUUGAUAAGUGGAGAAAACAUCGUCGCAUAAUAUCGUAUGCUUUCAAUGUUAAAUUUUUAGAAAAAUUAUACCCAGUUUUUAACGAAAAAAAUAGAAUACUCGUGAAUGACCUGAAAAGUAAACUGACUUCUUCUGAGCCUUUUGAUUUGUGGAAUAAUAUAAUCUCUACCACAUUUGAUACGAUUUGUGAUGUUGCAAUGGAUUAUCAGGUUACGGAGCCUCAAAAAAAAUUUGAAUUUUUAAAUUUAUUAACAGUCGUUUCAGAAGAACUAGUGAAGGAUGUAAAUAAACCAUGGUUAUAUUGGGACAAAAAUUUUUCAAUAUAUAAGAAUAUGUGUGAUCUGGGGAAUAACUUGAAAGCCAUUAAAGAACUACCUCUACAGUUAAUAAAAGAAAAAAAACAAAAUUAUCAGAUCAAGAAGUCUACAUUGAAACCAAAUGGAAAUAAUAUUGAAGAAAGUAAUUUAGGGAAUAAAUUUAGAACGUUCAUGGACUGCUUACUUCUAGCUAAUGAGUCAGAUCCUGAUUUCAGUGAUGAUGAUGUUCUAGAUGAAGUCAUAACUAUGUUGUACGCGGGAAGUGAUACCAGCGGGACUACUGAGUGUUUUUGUUUAUUGAUGUUGGCAAUUCAUCAAGAUAUUCAGGAUGAAGUUUAUGACGAGAUUUAUAACGCAGUUGGAGAUAGUGACCGUGAAUUCACACCAGAUGAUAUGGCAAAACUCGUGUACUUAGAUCAAGUAUUAAAAGAGACCCUUAGAAUGUUUCCUAUCCUUCCAGUAUUCACUAGACAACUACAAGAUGACGUUAAACUUUCAAACUAUGUGCUACCUAAAGGGACCGGUGUUACCAUAUCACCAAUGGUUACACAUCAAGCUCCGUACUUAUAUCCAAAUCCCAACAUAUUUAAUCCGGAUAAUUUUAGUCCUGUCAAUGUAGCCAACCGCCACAAGUAUAGUUUCAUAGCUUUUAGUGGAGGACCUAGAGGAUGCCUUGGUAUGAAAUAUGCUAUGAUGGCCAUGAAGUUAUUGAUAUCCGAAGUCUUGCGUAACUUUAGUAUUCAUACUGAUAUUAAGCUACCUGAUAUUAAAGUAAAAAUGAGUGAUGGGUUUAUAAGAAAAAUAGGUGGCUACCCUAUAACUAUUCGGAUUAGAGACAAGAAACCAUCAUACUUGCGAAAGACUAUAUCUAGUAACUGCAAAUAAUUGUUUUCGUGAACAUCGGAAGUUCAAAAAGUAAACUGUAUACUGUACAUUAUUAGGUCAUAGUUUUAGAUAAGUUUAAUAUAUGAUGAUAUAUCCAAUUUUGCGUUUGAUUAUUAUAUUUAUUAUAUUCGUUGAGUAAAAAAUUGUUAAACUAUUUAGGAUUGUUUAUUAACUUUCAUAUAAUAAUUUUCUGGCUAUCGUCAAUGUUGUAUGAUUUUCAACAAAACUUAAUUCACUUUUUUUUUUUUGUUCCUUUUUCUAUAUUUUUGAUUUUAAAUAAUUUCACUAUAAAAGCCUUUUGUAUAAAAAUGACCCAAUACCUCAAUAUUUUUUAGCUUCGAUGCGAAACUGAGAACGUAUCAUUUUACUCAUUUCUCGUUUUUUUUUUGUGUGUAUGUAACCACUUUUUCUCAGCUCUCACUGAACCGAUUUCUUUAAACGAUACGUCAAGAGAUCAUAAAUCAUAUCUAGUCGAAGAUAUUACCCUCAAAAUUUGAAAAAAAUUCUCUCGUUCUUCGUUAAUGGGGGAAAUCUCCAAAAAAAUUACAAAUUUAAAAAUUGCUUAAUUUCUACAUUUUUUCAUUUUUUUUUUACUUAAAACGCCAUAACUUUAUCAAAAAUGAACAAAUCAAUAUAAUUUUUUUUAUACAUACGUGAGAUAUUUGCCUAUCAUUUUGUAUAUUUUUUUUUAUAAAUUUGACUCUUUACCUGCCCACAGAAGGGGAUUCAAAAUGACAACUUUUUCAACUUAACUUUUGAAAGUGUUCCGGAAAUAGUGACACUUUUAUAUAUAUAUC